AUGGCUAAACAAUACGACUUCUUGUUCAGGUUACUGAUGCUGGGAGACUCCGGCGUUGGAAAGACUUGCAUGCUGCGCAGGUUCACGGAGAGCGAGUUUGACCCGUCACAUAUUUCCACCAUCGGAGUUGAUUUUAAAAUGAAAACACUAGAAAUUGAUGGAAUCAAGGUGCGUGUACAGAUAUGGGACACAGCUGGUCAGGAACGUUAUCAGACCAUUACUAAGCAGUACUACAGACGUGCACAGGGUAUCAUCUUUGUUUACGACAUCACUAAUGAGCCAUCGUAUCUGCACAUAGCAAAGUGGAUCAGCGAUGUGGAAGAAUAUGCCCCUGAGAAGGUACAGAGGAUCUUAGUAGGAAACAAGUCUGAUGAGGAACCCAUGAGGCGGGUGACGAAAACAGAAGGAAGCAAGUUAGCAGGACACUAUGGAAUGGACUUCUUUGAGACCAGUGCUUCGUCCAGCAGUAAUAUCAGUGAGUCAUUCACCCGUGUGACAGAACUGGUGCUGCAGGCUCACAAGAGAGACGUGGACAACUUGCUGGGAUCUCUGGAUGAUUAUCUGGAUAAAGUGACACUGGAGGAGGAGAAGGGCAAACAAGAUAAUGAAGAGAACAGUCAGAAGACCUGCGCCUGUUAG